AUCCCUGACAUUAGUGCUGCUCUCUGGCUGCCUGCUGUCUCGAGCCAUGGCUGCACAGCUGGUUGUUGCUCUGCUGGCUCUCGCCUCCCUGGGUGCUGCAUCUGAACCGGACUGCAAAGAGCUGGUUAAGCCUCUGGUACUGGACAGCCACAGCCCUAUCUAUGGGAAGUGGGUGCUCCAUGUGGGGUCAUUCGACCAGCCUGGCCUGAAGAGCGACCUGGUGACGGUGAACAGCUCCUGGGUGGAACUGUCGGCUUCAUCAGACAGCGGAGUCAUCACCAUCUACUGGGCCGAUCGCCUAGGUGAAGACAGAUGCCUUCAGGGUUUAGCCAAUGCCACCAUCUCAGGAAUGACCAGUCACACCACUUUUAACAUCAACGGUCACACUUCAUAUCAUGAUGGGAAGUACUAUGAGACCUGCUCCGACUGCCUCCUGUCCGAAGACACCACCCUCCUCCCUGACGGCAAGUCAAAGGGACGAUACCUUUUCCUCUUUACGCGGACUGGCAAUCUGGAGCCAUCUGAGUUAGAGACCUUCAAGAAGCAGGCACAGUGUCUUAAAUUCCUGCCCGAGUACCACUUUGGAGGCCCAGAUCUGUGCCCAGAUGACAGAGUAACUGCAUCACCUGCUACUGAGAAUACAGAGAGUGAGCAAACUGAUGUUCAGCCAAAUGCAAAAUAAAGCAGAGCAGAGGUGGCAGCUCUGCACACAGCGUAACAUGUACUAAAUAGUAUUGCAAUGUGAUCUGCAUGUGCACUGAUGUGAUACUGUCGUCAUUCAGCAGUGAUAAUAUAAAUGUUAGAUCUGUGGUCAGUCAUGUGUAGUCUUAUUACUGUGUGCUUGACCUCUCAUGAUUUAGUGUAGGAAAUGUGGAAUUUGAAUGGCAGGAACAGUAAUGGCUGAAAAAACCCUUACAUGCCUCCUUUAAGUCAGUUCAACAACCUGUAAAUAAUUGAGUGUGUGAACUGUUUUCAACUGGUUGUGUGAGGUAAAUAAAACCGCUUUCAGUCUCCCUC